AUGGGAGAAAUGCGUGUAAUUUAUUUUUCUUUCAUGAAAGGGUUGUUUUCUUCUUGCCUUUUUUUUUUUUUUUUUUUUUACGGAAGCUACAGGACUUUGGUGUUUCGGCAUUACGGAGGGAAAAUGGCCAUGCAACGUGCCAGAGGGGUGCGUUUGAACGGCGGAGAUAAUAAGUGUGAAGGCACAGAGCUCCCGAUUAGUCGCAUUAUACGGGCUGUUCAAGGUUCGAAGAGCCAUAAAUUAUCCUCGAUCAAUGCGUUACUUCAAACAGUUGUGCAAUCGGCAAAGAAUGUCGUGAAGGGAACGGAUUCCCAGCGAAGAUUUAAUGCUCAGUUUUCAGAAUUUUGUCGGGCUUCGCUUGUGGGAAUUUCGGAUUUAGAAGAUGCCGUUUACACAUUGGAAAAGGCAGACGGAGUUUUUGGGAAUGAUUCAAGUGAUGAGCAGGGGGUAAAAAGUAUUGGAGCAGUUGAAUUUGUAAAGGAGGUGGCAAAAUUUAUUUCAUCACAGACCAGUGCCCUCGGUGUGCAGUAUUUGGAGCAUGUGGGCAUUUCAGCUGUGACGGCAGCCACCAAGACACAACAACUAACUACCACAGAGACAAAGCGGGGUACCAAACGUGGAAGGUUUGAUGAUACGAGGCAGCGCCAUGUGGAUUACAGGAGUUCGCCGCGAAAAAGGAUGGGGGUAUUUCCUUCCUUGGCUCCUGCAUGGGAGACAGACGCACUGUUGUUGUCGUCACCGGCAAAUAAAUCUACUCUUGGCAGAGGUGGAGCCACAGAUAGUUAUCAUGGAGCAGUAAAAUUGAGUGGUAUUCCGGAAUUGUCUAUGUGGUUACAGCCAUGGAAUCUUUCUUUGCCAAAUGCUCAUGGUGUUGCUCUUGAUCGCGUGAUGACGGAACGUGCAAAGUCUCUUGCCACGGCGGAGGAUUCUUUGAAGCCUCCUGAUGAAGUUUCAGUUUUUGAUAUUUGUACUGCAGUAGCCACUGCGGAGGUUCUUCGUCUGUGGGAGGCUAGGGAGUGUUUGCUUUCGACUGGUUUGGAUCGAGCAACUGCCUCUAACCCUGUGCCCACGGGGAAAGUUUUUCCACCCAUUGCUGAAGAAGGGAAACCCAUGUUUUUCCCCAAAAGCGAUCUGCGAGCACGUGCUUGGGUGCCUACGCAGGUUAUGAUGGAUCUUGUGCACUACGGCAUUUCUUCGCUUGCGAUGCCUUUUAAGGAUGUGGAGUAA